CUGCUGGGUGAGGAAACACACUGAGAGAGAGAUAUUUAGAAAGAGAUACGAGAAAGAGAUUAGUUCAGACUGAAGGAGGACUGAGAUCAACACGGCACUGUAGGGUUAGCAGCAUACCUGCCAAACGCUGAGUCCCCCAAGAUGAAUAAGGGCUCCACUGCUAUAAAGGGCACUGUUAGUCAAGCCUGUGUGAGUGGUGGCAAUGCCAAGUGUGGCCAGAUGAGUAAAAAAGUGUCUAAUGGUAAUUAUGUGAGCCACAGAACACAGAAUGGAGACUGCAAGGGCAGACAAAAGCCAGGACAAGUCGUAUCACACAGCCAGGAGCCCAGAGAGCACUCUUUGUUAACUGUCUCCACCUCUACUGUGGCCCCCAGUUCUCACCAGCGGCGGUGGUCAGCUGACUUUGGUCAGUGUUUGACCUCAUCUGUCAUUACAGUGAGUAAGAACAAGAAGGAACCACGGCCUCCUCAGCGAGGAGUAUCUCUCUGCACACCUCACACAGCACCCCAUCCCUCAUUCAAACGCUACUCCUGCCCCCCCAUGGGGAUGUAUAGAUCACCAAGUCAGUCCUCAUCUUCCUCCUCCUCCUCCACCUCAUCCUGCUCCUCUCCACCUCCCGUGAAGACAUCUGUUAUCACUGGCCAUGACCCUCUAGGCUGGAAGUUGCAACCCAAGUCCAGCUCCACCUCCCCCCGGUCUCGCACUAACAGGCUGUCUCUGCAGAUUCCCCUACCUGUUAUCUUUCCUGAUCCUGAAUCUAGUCCUGACCCAACCUCUAAAUUAGACAACACUCCUAAUCAAGACCUCUCCCCUAAAACCAAACCCCCUCUCAAACCCAAACCAUCCCGCCGGCGCCACUCUGACUCCUCAGCCUUCCUCAGAUCUUCGGCGUCCCCUCUGCCUGUGGUGACGCUUGAGGAGCUCUGUGCCGUGCAUCUUCGCCCGGUCACCCAUUCAGAUGAGUCCGAUAAUGUCUUCAGUGAGGAGAAUGAAGAGGAGGUGAAGGUGACCACUCAGCCACGUAAAAUACCACCACCUGUUCCAGAAAAAACCUCCAUGGCCAGACAAAUAGCACAACUGAUUGCCCAUUCGUUGCAACGCCAUACGCCUGUUACCACCAAAACCAAAGACAAAGAUAUUUACUCCAGUGUGAUGAAGCCAAAACCUAAACAGACUGUGAAGCACAGCAGCCUGCAUGAUAAAAAAAUUGGGCUGCGUCUGGAUACCAGCUGUGACCGGGAGAGGUCCACUCCACGCUUCCCUGGCAGAGAGAUCUGAGAGAGGACGACUGAACCUUCGGUCUUGAUCUUUCAACCUCUGACACCAUUUACUACAAGGCUGUUCAAAAUAUUUCACAGAUUAUUUUUUAAUCAAAGUGUUUUAAUUUUUAAAGUACAUAAUACACUUUCCAAGCUUCGCCCCACAGAGCAUAUGAGUGUUAUCACACCAGUAUUCUGUAUUCUGUUGUUUUACCACUUUAUGUACUACAGUCCUGUUGGACCUCUGCUGUAAAUAUCUGGCUGACUCCUCUCUGUUGUAGAGAUGUGACUUUGUUCUUCCUGUCAGUCACAAACAAGUGUAGCUUUCAGGGGAUGUGGAGCUUGUGUAGGAAGAAACACACCCUGUAGAUACUGCAGUUCCUGCUGACUACUGAUACAAAUCAUAAAUCACUAAAUUGCCAUUUCAGUUACAGUUGUAUAUCUCCCUUUACAGUUACCCGUGAUAGAAGAUAUAUUCUUUGUAACAAAAAUAGAAAUAAUAUGUAUAAUAUAGUAAAUUUGAACUUAUAAAGCAGACUGAUAUUAGUUGAUAAGUUGAUGGAUUAGUUUAUCAACAGCAAUAUUUUUUUUUCAGUUAUGUUCUUGAAGCUGGGGGCUGUUAAAUCCCCCUUAAGUCUGUUAAUCAAAUAAAAACCAAAUACUGUUGAA